CGCAAUUUAAUCAGUGGUAGAUAAAGCGAACGAAACAAAGCGCCUUAAUUUAUCCUUACUAAACCGCUUUCUUUUUUUUUUUUAUUAAAGCUUUAUAGUGCUCACCCAUUAUCGGGUUACUUUACGUCAAAUUAGUUUAAAAGUUGUCUCUCGUGGCCGUUUGUUACUAAUCGGAUAUGGCCUCAGCUGCUGAACACCAUUUACCGCAAUGCAAUUUUGAGGAGGUUAUUAGAGCGCAAAACGAUCCCAACAUAUUGGUUAUCGAUGUGAGAGAAAUUGCAGAGUUACGGGAUACGGGGGCCAUUCCCGGAUCCAUUAACAUACCUUUGGCAGAGGUGAAAAUGGCUUUGGGGUCAAACGGGGUCGGCGAGGAUUUUGAGGCGAAAUAUUUAACGAAAAAACCCGGUAAGGAUACGGAAAUUAUUUUUACAUGCAGGCUGGGAAGAAGAAGUGGAAUUGCACAACAAACUGCUUUGCAAUUGGGAUAUACAAGGGUGAAAAAUUACACUGGGGGAUGGUUGGACUGGGAGGAGCGGAUUAAGCGGCAGUAACUCACCAGAUCGGCUAAAUUGUUGUCUUUUAAGUAAUAGGAAUGCAGGCCUCUUUCAGCUUCUGCAUUGUGCCGUUUGAUCUUUUCCAGGUUCGACAGCCAGGCGGUUUUUUUAAUCGGGUCAUGAUGAUCUGCGUAGGUUUUAUUGAAUUUAUUCUGUAAGAAAGAUUUUUUUUGUUAAUAAAUAAAUCAGACGAGUGCUUUUUAUAA